UUUAAGUUUUAGGUAGCAUCAAUUAAAGAUUGAACAGCACGCGUUUCUCUCUCUCUCCCUACUCCCCGUAACGCAUUUCCGUCGCAAGAAAUUGUAUUAGUUCCCCAUUCCCAUAAUCAAGUGAUAAGAUAUGUUACACAGUAUGAAUUUAUUUACACUUUCCAUAAGUCUAAUAUGGACUUUUAAUAUACAUAUUUAAAUAAUUAAAACUUUUGUUUACAAUUAUUUUAGACAAAAGGUCUUCAUUGGAUCAGCUUCCCUUUCCGGACAAUCUUCCAUAUCUCUAGAAGACCUGACGGUCAACGAAGCCGUUGGAGACGCAUUCGGUCUUCUGAGUAUGAAUAAAUUGACGGCUACCAUUAACGAAGUUGCAAUCGACGCUUUCAUUGUUAAUUUCGGACUGAGGUUUACCGAAAUUUCAGUAGAUAAUACCACAAUCAGCUGGAGGUUCUCAUACAACAAUUCCACAAAACAGUUGACUUCUCUCAACGUUCUUCCACAAUUUGGAACAAUCACGGGUAGAGUUGCUGUCGAUCUAGGAGGCCGAGUGUUCGAGAGAGCGUUCAGCGAUAAAAAUGCAAUCGACGCCGUGAACAACAUGAUGGCAAAGAACAGCGCCAAAGUCAGUGCGGAUCUUAUGAAAAUCAUUAAUUUUGCCCUGCAAUUCUAUGCAAAUACAGUUCCGAUGCCGUCAUAUUAAAUUCUCAUAGUUUUUAUAGUUUUAUUUAUGUACUUAUUUAUGCUUAA